GACAGUCGAGGUUUCGCCGCGUUAAAGUGUUGACGCUAGUGCGCAUGACGAACAACGCCGAAGUGAAUGUAUUAAAAUAAAACUUUUUUGAGUGGAUGUAUUCGUAAAUAAAUGAGGACGUUACUUUAUGGACAUCUAACUAUUUAAAUCGAGAGUUUUAGACCUAUUCAGUGAAAUUUCUCAGUUAAAAUUUAAGUGUGCAAACUCCAGUGGAAUUUCUUAACACAUAAACUGGUUUCCAGCGACUUUUUAUGACAGAAUUAUUAUAAUUCGCUUAAUUUUAUAGAAAAAUAGUAUCCAAUCGUUCGGUUGAUUGUGUUAAAGUAUAUAGUGAAAUAUAGUACCUAACAAUAAUUAAAAUUUAUACUUGGACACAACCUUAGAUUGUUCAUUUUAUGUUGAGCAGUAAUUCUACGCCCCGACGUUAGUGGACGAAAAGAUUGACAAAUCAGCUGGCUAUACCGGUUUAUGUGAUCAACAAAAUGUCAUAAGUUUCAACAAGUUCCAUAAUCUAAAGUGCCAUGAGGACGUUUCAACUAAUAUGAAGGUGUAAGAAAUAUAUAACGAAAUGGCGAUAGUUCAAGUGACAUUAGUGAGUGCAGUGCUUAGUGCAGUGUUGGUGUGUGUGUGGGGUCAUGUAGCUUUAACUUAUCCACCUGCGAGAAGAUUUGAUUUGGACUUUUUGGACAAUUCAAGAACAAAGCCGCCAUGUGGGAUGCCAAAAGGAACAUUAAAAACUUCUUUCCUUGCCGGUUCAACAUUUACAGUGCACUGGCAUUUGGCGUACGCACAUCGAGGUGGAUUCAGUUUGAGGAUAUUGGAUGAGUUGGAGAGGCCAGUUUUAGACUUAACACCACGUGCUGCGGGCUCGGAAUUCGUAAGAGACGACGUCACAGCUCAGAAGUAUGAAGUUCGUCUUCCGAAUGACUUCACGUGCGAGAAUUGUACAUUACAGUUGCAGCGAGAGGCCGGCGAGUGGGGAGCUAACUACAGAUUCUGGUCAUGCGCAGACAUCGACAUAUUACCCCGUAAAGAGUACCAUGAGACGUGUUCGGGUCACGGUUUCCACAUACUGGGUCGCUGCAAAUGCAAUAAGAUGUAUUCAGGUCCCCGGUGUCAGUUCACCGAUGAAUGUUUGGAGGACAACGACUGUGGUCUGCGAGGCAAAUGUAUCGAUGUCAACGCAACCGAGUCGCCAACCAAAAUGUGCUACUGUCCAUUUGGAUUUUACGGGAAAGGGUGUAAUAAAAAGGCGCCGUGGAAAGAUAAGAAAUUAAACUUGGGAGUGUACACAAAGAAGGAGCUCUCCAAAGAGUUCAAUUUGUAUUGGCGCGUGUUAAAAGAGGAUGCCGAGUUGGAGGUGGUCAUGAUGGUCAACGGCACGUCUUAUGCUGGUGUCGGUUGGCGCCCGAGCGGAUUGAAAAAACAGUGUAAAAAUUUCCCAGUUCUUGGUCCCAGUAUAGAUGGGAAACAGAGCACACCGAAACCAGAACCACUACCAGAGCCGGAGCCAAAAGCGGAACCGGAGCCUGGGCCGAAACCAGAACCGGAGCCAGGUCCGAAACCGGAACCGGAGCCAGGUCGGAAACCGGAACCGGAGCCAGGUCCGAAACCGGAACCAGAGCCCACGUCCGAAGCGAAACCGGAACCCGAACCGGUAGCAGAACCGCGAGCUCAACCUGCACCUGAACCGGAGCCGAACUCUGAACGAGAACCGAAAGCCGAACCGAUACCGAAGUCCGAACCAAUUAAAUCCGCCGACCACAAACACGAGACUGCACCUAAACUCGAGCCUGCCUCUGAACCCGAGCCGACGUCUGAACCCGAACCCACGGCUGAACCUAAACCUGAGCCUGAACCAACGACACAAUCUUCUCAAGAAAAUGAUAACAGAAACAAGAGAGUGGCCAUGCAUACCUUGGAUGGAUUCGAUUUCAAAAAUUUGGGUGAUGACGUCACGGUGAAAACUAGCGUCUCCUACAAAGUAUCUAGCUCUAAAGGACGCCGUAGGAGGGCAGCGGCAAAUGAAAAUGUGGAAUCUUCGACAAUGAUUAAUGAAAAAGAGACCACCCCUAUUUCCGAACCAGAUUCGACUCCUGAACCUAGUUCCGAAUCCCCUACUAAGUCUGAAACGGCUAAGCCGAAACUCAAACCAAAGUUUACACCAAAGUAUAAGUUACCGCGUUUAUUGUCUACCACUGCUCAACCGAAAGUGUUAGUAGAGUCUGUACCUGAUAUUAAUUCGAUCCCGGAACCCCAGUCCGAACCAGAGCCCACGGCUGAGCCUAAAUCUGAUUCUGAGUUGACUUCACGGGCUAAACCUGCUUCCGGCUCUUCUCUGGAAAUUAAGUCGGAAUCGGAAAAUACCCCAGAGCCAAUAUCAGAACCUGAGCCUUCCCCCGAACCAGAACCCACAGUUGAACCUCAAUCUGAAUCCGGAGCAAUUCCAAAAAGGCAAUCUAAAGAAAACCUAUCCUCCGAGCCGGAAUCUUCUCCAGAACCUAAGUCUGAACCAGUGUCAAAUUCAAACCUAGAAUCCACAUCAGAACUUGAGUCCACAUUUGUAACAACUGUCGAACCAGAAUCCUCCCCUGAACCGAAAUCAGAACCUAAUCCUGAACCAAAAUCAGAGCCAGAACCCAACCCUGAGCCGAAUUCAGAGCCGGAACCGCAUCCUGAGCCGAAAUCAGAACCAGAACCUAGCCCCGAACCAAAGUCAGAGCUAAAAUCUAUCCCAGAACCGAAAUCAGAACCAGAACCUAUCCCUGAACCAAAAUCAAAACCAGAACCUACCCCAGAACCUAAAUCAGAGCCAGAACCUUAUCCCGAACCAAACUCAGAACCAGAACCUAUUCCUAAACCUACAUCAGAGCCAGAACCUUAUCCCGACCCAAAAUCAGAGCCGGAACCUAAUCCUGAACCGAACUCUGAACCAGAACCUAAUCCCGAACCAAAAUCAAAUCCAGAACCUUCCCCCGAACCUAAAGCGGAAACGGAAACCGAAAGUUUACUAGUCAAGGGACUUAAAGAGGACACAGGUUACUUCCCUGCUCACGAGUAUGCACCAAAGUUCGAUUUCAAUCCAAUGGAUUGCACGGACAUUGUGAUCGGUACAGCUCGAGGCAACUACCACAGAGUCCUAGAUUAUUACACUAGAGAUAGAUCAACACCGCGUGUGGACACUUUCUGGGGUGGCCACGACGACGUCACCGCUGCUUCAGGCUUCGAAGAGAAUGGUGUCACUACUAUCAUAUUUAGAAAGAAAAUUAAGGCUAAGGAGCCCACAGACCACUCGAUAGUGGACGACCUGAUGCACGUGAUCUGGGCCCGCGGCCAGGAGCCCGCCCGCUACGUGCACUCGCCGCCGUCGGGGCUCGAGCGCGGGGCCGCCGCGGUGAAGGACUUCUACAGGCAGGACGAGCUCAAGUACCACGGCCACGGCUCGCAGAGGGGCGUCACCAGGAUCAACUUCUUUGAGGAGACAAAAUCUUCAAUAUCCGGCGGAGUACUCCCUCUGGCUGACAAAUGUGGCGGCAUGUGGAAGUAUCCUACCGGCUGUAACCCGGAUAAUAACACCUGCGAGUAUUACGCGUCAUGGGAAUAUCUGGGCCAGAAGAGGGGGAAGGACUCUAUAAAAUUCGUCAUCAAGACUAAGCACACUAACCUAUGGACCGGGAUUGGGUUCAGUAAAGACAAGAAAAUGUCGCAGACGGACGCGGUGGUGGGGUGGGUGGAGGGGCGCACGGGGCGCGCGUUCCUCAUGGACACGUACGUGAGCGGCUACUCCGCGCCGCGCCUCGACGCCAGCCAGGACGCCGCGCGCCAGGCCGGCCGCAUACAGGACGGCGUCACCACGCUCAGCUUCGUCCGGAAGCGGGACACCGGGGACCAGAAGGAUUUCGCAUUCACCGAUACGCAGUGUUUGUACAUGAUGUUCAUAACGCAAGGCGGCAAUUUCGAGCCGGUGAACAAACGGACCAGCAAACAUUUGCAGACACCUGUUAUAUCCGAAGACAAAGUGUGCAUCAGACCUUGUGGACCAGAGCCUCCGGAAGAGGAGUUUACAACAGAGCCUAUAAUACCGGGCUUAUCCGCGUACACGGUGUUGAUCCGUAUAACCGGACUAGCCGAUAGUUUCCGCCCGCCCGCUGCCGGCAGCAAGGAGUAUGAAGAUCUCACCAAACAAGUCGUAGACAACAUGGAGAGGGAGAUCGGCAAGAACAAGGGAUACCACGGCAUGGUCGUCAACGGAUUCAUGCAGAACGAAACUAAUGCGAUAAUAGCAGAGUUGACUUUGAAAUCAAUCGAUUCCAAUACGAUCGAUGGAUCUGGCGCCCGUUCCCUUGAUGGUGGCAUCUCGCCUGGCAACAAUGGAACAGAAGAGGACGACAACAUGCUGAAGUGGGAGAGAGUAGUGAGAGACACUCUUGCGCAAGGAAAAGUUGGAAAUUUGAAUGUUGAUCCGGAGUUUUUAGUAUUUCAACCUCAAAGCUUACUGAUAAACCGGCCGAGCGAGGGGGAGGGGGAGCAGUCGGGCAACGCGCGCUCGUUCUUCGGCAAGGCGGAGGCGAAGCUGUACGUGGUGGUGGCGUGCGUGGGCGCGCUCGUGCUGCUGGCCGCGCUGCAGGCCGCCUGCACGCUGCGCGCGCGCGCCGCCAGGCAGGAACAGUUGAUUCCUAAUUCGGCGUGGAAAGAUUACUCGUCAAACACAAAUUAUGCGUUCGAACCAUUCGAGAACGAGAAGUACAACAGCGCGUCUACGGUGGCCGCGGGUGGGGGCCGCCCCCGCGCCCCCGCGCCGCGCCCCGCCGCGCCGCCCCCGCCGCGCCCCCACACCGCCCCCGCGCUGCCGCACAACAAGACUCCGACGAACGGUCACAAGAUGUCUGCCAGCGGUCACAAGAUGGCGGCUAACGGCAAUAACACCAACGGUCGUUCGACACCCAGACACAAUCCACCCAACUACUAUCACCAUACGAGAUCCCUGCAGCGACCCGCCGGCCAGUACGGUUACGCGAGUAGAGGGGACCGCGCGGCGUACUCGCUGCCGCGACGCGGGGACCCGCCCGCCAACCAGGCGCAGCCGGACUUCUACUUCAUGCCCUCGCAGAGGAAAUACGAAGGUGAAAUAGUCAGGGUCUAUGUCGACUAUAGAGACAAGGGCCAAAACCAGGACUGACAAUAUUAACAAUAUCACGUUUAUAAUAU